AUGUCCCAGAGAGGACCUGUAUCCGAGGACAUCCCAGAGAGGACCUGCAUCCGAGGACAUCACAGAGAGGACCUGUAUCCGAGGACAUCACAGAGAGGACCUGUAUCCGAGGACAUCACAGAGAGGACCUGUAUCCGAGGACAUCACAGAGAGGACCUGUAUCUGAGGACAUCACAGAGAGGACCUGUAUCUGAGGACAUCACAGAGAGGACCUGUAUCCGAGGACAUCACAGAGAGGACCUGUAUCCGAGGACAUCACAGAGAGGACCUGUAUCCGAGGACAUCACACAGAGGACCUGUAUCCGAGGACAUCACAGAGAGGACCUGUAUCCGAGGACAUCACAGAGAGGACCUGUAUCUGAGGACAUCACAGAGAGGACCUGUAUCCGAGGACAUCACAGAGAGGACCUGUAUCCGAGGACAUCACACAGAGGACCUGUAUCCGAGGACAUCACAGAGAGGACCUGUAUCCGAGGACAUCACAGAGAGGACCUGUAUCCGAGGACAUCACAGAGAGGACCUGUAUCCGAGGACAUCACAGAGAGGACCUGUAUCCGAGGACAUCACAGAGAGGACCUGUAUCCGAGGACAUCACAGAGAGGACCUGUAUCCGAGGACAUCACACAGAGGACCUGUAUCCGAGGACAUCACAGAGAGGACCUGUAUCCGAGGACAUCACAGAGAGGACCUGUAUCCGAGGACAUCACAGAGAGGACCUGUAUCCGAGGACAUCACAGAGAGGACCUGUAUCCGAGGACAUCACAGAGAGGACCUGUAUCCGAGGACAUCACAGAGAGGACCUGUAUCCGAGGACAUCACAGAGAGGACCUGUAUCCGAGGACAUCACAGAGAGGACCUGUAUCCGAGGACAUCACAGAGAGGACCUGUAUCCGAGGACAUCACAGAGAGGACCUGUAUCCGAGGACAUCACAGAGAGGACCUGUAUCCGAGGACAUCACAGAGAGGACCUGUAUCUGA